CUUGCUCUGGUGUAAGCUCACCAUACAACGGUAGCAUUGAGUUCGGAGGAGCAUUACCUGAUGAAAACAGCAACUAUGCCUUUGAUGUGAUGGCUACCUACAGAUGUGACACUGGGUUUUCUCUGGUUGGUAAUAGUACAAGGACAUGUACUGGAGAUGGUAGUAGCACUACUGGUGAAUUCGGUGGAGUGACUCCAACUUGUGAAGCAAUAACUUGUUCUGCUGCGCCCUCACCAAACAACGGCAGAACUGACUUCAGUGGAUCCUCAGCUGAAAACGACACCUAUGCCUUUGAUGUGGUGGCUACCUACAGUUGUGACACUGGGUUUUAUCUGGUUGGUAAUAGCUCGAGAACAUGUACUGGAGAUGGUAGUAGUACUACUGGUGCUUUUGAUGGCGAAGCACCAUUUUGUGAAGGUAUAACUUGCCAUCUUAUGACAAGUCCAAACAACGGAACAAUUUCUUACAAUACCACAUCAAAUACAUUCAGCAUAAUACACUUUAAUGAAACGGCUACUUACAAGUGUGACCCUGGUUUUUCUCUAAUUGGUAACAACUCAAGGACGUGUACUGGCGAUGGCAGUAGCAUUAUUGGUGCUUUUGAUGGAAAAACUCCAUCUUGUGAACGUGAGUCUAUGCAUGCUUUUGUUGAUGGAUAUUUUAGUUACUGUCUCGAUCCCACCAGCCAUAACCUGUCCCACUGUGCCGUCACUAAACAACGGCAAUAUUACAUUCGGCGGAGCUUCACCUGAUGAAAACGGCACCUAUGCUUUUAAUGUAAUGGCUACCUACAGCUGUGACACUGGAUUUUCUCUGAUUGGUAACACCACAAGGAAUUGCUUUGGAGAUGGCAGUAGCAUUAUUGGUGAUUUUGAUGGGUCGGCACCAUUGUGCGAAGCAAUAACAUGUUCUCCUCUUGCUGACUUAAAUAACGGGACUACAGUCUAUUCUGCUGACGCUGAUGGUUUGGGAAAUUAUGUGUUCAAUGUGACGGCUAACCACAGUUGUGACACCGGUUUUUUUCUGGUUGGUGACAGCUCAAAGACUUGCACUGGAGAUGGCAGUAGCAUUACUGGUGCUUUUGAUGGAGAGGCUCCAACUU